AUGUCCGAAUCAUGCAGAGAAGAAGCGCGAUUCCUUCGAAUUUACCAGAAUGGCAUAAUAGAAGAAUAUAUUACAACCAUGGCUAUGAGCCUGUUUGUGUACGAUUCUAUCAUAUCAUUCAAUCUGGAGUGGCGGGCUGUCUGGUCCCGCAAGAUCUCGGGAGCGACUGCUCUAUACUUAGCUCUACGCCAUGUGACCUUGCUAAAUCUCAUUGCGGACAUCAUUGCCUUGACCGUGACAUCCUACCUCAUCUCAGAGUUAGCAGCGGUAGGCUCUACGUGUGGGAUAUAUCUUGCUCAGGCAGUGCAACGAUCCCAUGCCACAAGGUUGACAGCAUUUGCGUCGAUCCGAGUCUAUGCCAUUGAUGGCCGGCGGUGGACAAAGGCAGCUAUCGUGAUGAUGUUGGGCCUUGUGCCAGUUGCUAUCAACAUUUAUGGCGCAUCCAAAACCAUUAUGUACUGUGCAGCAGAGGUUUCGGGUGAUGAAUUCUCAGUCUCUAUCUCAAAGGCUAACAUAUCAUGUGUCCUCGUCUCAAACCUUCUGGUUGUUGUCGCAACAUGGCAGGCAACACGGGCCGGCCGAGGUGUAACUGCAUGGAGUAGCAGAGGAUCUCUCACAGCUGUGCUAUUCCGGGAUGGUACUGUCCACUUUGCGCUGGUAGUCGGGCUCAACGCAGCCAACAUCGUGGUUGCAUUACUGCUAGAGGAAUCAAUCGACCUGUCUAUACCUGUGGAACUGAUCAGUACCGUGGUGCUAUGUCGCUUUUUUCUCAACCUCCGCCAGUUCUCCAACCCGAACACUAACAACAGCUCUGAGUCCUCCCACGCAAGCUCGUUCGCAAGCUUUGCAUCGAGGAUCAUCGGCAAUUUGGGCGAGAUGCUCGAGGACGAGCCUCAGGCUCCUGAUGACGACUUCGAAGGAGAGCUCGACGGGAUGAAUGAUGCGGGAGAAGCCAAUGAGGCAAUUGAUUUCGACGACAGAGCAAAGGCCCCUUCAAAUGCGGAUAAGGCUCAAACUCGAAUGGUCACCACGGCAGUUUUCGAGCAGAAGACAGAUGAGAGAGGCGCUGCUGACCAUCAGUUUUCCGAAGUCCCAGAUGACUGUUUGGAACAGCGCGUGAUGGAUAUUGUCUAG